CGCCGUGUGGUCCUCACGGGGACCCAUAGCGCUUGUGACGGUCAGCUGACGGUCAGGUGACUCUAGCCGGAAGCUUUGAGGAAGCAGACGACCAUAACGACAAAAUCUUCAUAAAUAAAAAUUGAGUUUCUCAAGUUAUUUACUCCUGUUAAUCAUGGAGUCGACCCUCGAACAGCAUCUGGAUGAUACCAUGAAGAACCCAGCAGUUGUCGGUGUGCUAUGCACGGACCAACAAGGACACAACCUGGGCUGCCGUGGCUCCCUGUCUGAUGAACAUGGCGGUGUUGUGUCAGUUCUCGCCAAACAAGCUGCAGCUCUCACCAGAGACCCAACAGACACUCCAACUGUGUGCUUGGAGUCUGAGUCAGGAAACAUUCUGGUGAGGAGUCACGGGACCAUCACAGUAGCAGUUCACAAAAUAGCAUCUUGAAGGCACCGGGACUCACUGAGGAGUUUUAUUGUAAAGAAACAUACAUGCAAACAAAAACCUAAGUAUAAUUACCCAAUUUGAAUGAACUUUGAGAAAGAGAAAUCUGGGGUUUCCUCCUUGGUCUGCUGUGUUUUUUCUGUAUUUUCAGGUCCCAUAUUUAAACCAGAGAGUGCUUGCUUUUUUUUUUUUCUCACACUGAAUACUGGAGCUUGAAUGCUUUCUUUUAUAUAAAAAAAUUGAUACCCAUCAGUCCGUUAGUAAUGUUAUUUUAUUGAUGCUGUGUACAGAACAGGUCCCAAAUGAUGAUGUAUCCAGCCAUGUUAAUGUUGUGUGUGCGCGUCUUUUUGUUUACAUCCAUACCCUUCAAUCCAAGGCGGUCACGCACAGAAUAACAACCCUUAAUAAACUUUAACUUGACAUUUU